CUUAUAAUCUUAAAGCACAACAUAUGACGACAUAUGACCAUUUCCGGGAUUUCCGGCGCAGGAGGCGCUGGAUGGUUGUGGUGCUGAUCGGUGCUGAUAGACCAAAGGGAAGGGUGUGUGAUUGUUUUCCGACUGAGUUACAAAAAAAAAAAAGAAUGGUUACGUUAAACAGACAAAAUUGUGCUCAGGAACUUAUCAGAACCUUCAUAAUAUUAGAUUUAGAAACGACAGGCCUGCCAUAUGACAAACCCGUUAGAAUAACGGAAAUAGCAAUGGUUGCUGCAUUGAGAGAAGACAUACUUAAAUGUGGAAAUGAUGUGACAUGCGACGUUCUUGUGCCUAGAGUAUUGUCUAAAUUAACUAUUUGUGUAGAUCCAAGAAGAUCUGUUUCAAAACGUGCUGCAGAACUGACACACCUAACAAAUGAGUUGUUACAGCAUCACAGUCCAUUUGAUGAACAUCUCUUCAAUAUGUUGAAUGAAUUUAUAGAAAGACUGCCACAACCCGUAUGCUUCAUCGCACAUAAUGGUCUUCGGUUUGACUUCCCAGUCAUUCAAGCAGAGCUAUACAGAAUUGACAAGGAACUUCCUGCUCACAUUGUGUGUGCUGACUCCCUCUCUGGCUUCCGGAAGCUGCUUCAAACCACUAAACAUGUAGAAGGUUGCAGUAACAAGCCCAUAACUACUGAACCAAGUAGCAUAUUAUGUCAUGUCCAGCCACUGAGCAUUGGAAACCUUCAAGAUAUGAAAAAUACAAAUGACACAUGUGCAGAAUUUGUUAGCCCAACUUUAGAGUGGGAACAGAGUGAAUUAUAUUUGAAUGACUAUGAUGAAGCACUAUGCUUGCUGCCCGUGUCAGAGCAUAAUUUAGGAGAUCACACUUUCUUUGAUGAUGCAGAUGAUGAUCUCUGUCGCGCAGCUGUUGACGCAGUGGAAAGAAUGGAGAUAACAGAUGAAUGCAAAGUUAUAAUUCUUGACUCACCAGCAGUAAAGAAGAAUGAAGUCAGUGUGCUUCAAAAUGUUCUUGAGAAGACACCAUGUCGUCCUAUUACUGUGAGAAGGAAGCAUCCAUAUCAAGCACCCUGUGACGUGACGCGAAGAGUCGAGACUCCCAGGAGUAUUGAAGCAAGUGAGAGCUGUUUGAAUAGCUCCCAUCAAGUAAGAAAGAGACUCAGUUUCUCCUCAGAGAACAGCUUGCAGAUUGUACCAAGAUUCACACUUAAUGAUGUGUACAGGUUCCUCUUAAAGAAAGACCCUGUAAACAGCCAUUGUGCAGAGAAAGAUUUUCUCAGUCUUCUGGAAUGCAUUGUGAAAAUGGGCCAGAGUUUCACAGACUGGGUAGAUAAAAAUGCUGUUCAGUUCAACAGCGUAAAAAAGAUGGGCUAAAAUAUUUCACCUUUUACAAAAAAAACAGUGAAGUUCAGUUGAUCUGCAGAUUAACCUAAUAACGAUCUUAAAUAUAAUUUUAA